AUGCCUGGUAUAGUCGAGAGUCCUCUAGUUAAGGAUUCCAAAUUGUUAACUCCAAAACCAGUAUUUUCACGACCAUAUGUCUUUCCCUUUUUACCAUUAUACGCCACCUUUUUCCAAAUUUACACUAGCCAAUAUGAUAAGUAUAUUGGUGGAUCUGAAUGGACCUUUGUUUAUUUUGGUGCCUUGGUUUCAUUGAAUUUACUAGUGCGUUUGUUACCAGCUUGGAAUAAAUCUAUUGAAGUUUUAUUCAAUUAUGUCACUGCCAGAAGCAUUCAAGAUGCUUCUCAUAUAUACAUCAAACCCACACCAAAUAAUGGGAGUAGCGAUAUUGUUAAAAUUGAAAAGCUGACCGAAGGUGGCGUCUUGCAAACCUUUUUCCAAUUCCAAAAGAAAAGAUUUUUAUUAGACAAUGGUGUUUUCAAAUCACCACAGUUUUUGAUCGAUGAACCUGUCCAAUUGAAAGUUUUCCAAAACAACAAGGGUAAUACCGGCGAUUUAGUCCAUAUCAAAAGAAUAUAUGGUGAAAACAAGUUUGAUAUUCCAGUUCCGACUUUUGUUGAAUUAUUCAAAGAGCACGCAAUUGCGCCAUUUUUUGUUUUUCAAAUUUUCUGUAUUGCCUUGUGGUUAUUUGAUGACUUAUGGUACUAUUCAUUGUUAAACUUAUUUAUGGUUGUCAUGAUGGAAGCUGCAAAUGUUUUCCAAAGACUAACCACUUUAAAGGAAUUUAGAACCAUGGGUGUUAAACCAUAUGCAAUCAACGUAUUGAGAAAUGGAAAAUGGGUUCAGCUACAGACCGAUCAAUUGUUACCAAAUGAUUUGGUUUCCAUUACAAGAUCUGAUGAUGAUGUUGCUAUUCCUUGCGAUUUGCUUUUAAUUAGUGGUUCGUGCAUUGUCAAUGAGGCAAUGUUAAGUGGCGAAUCCACCCCAUUAAUCAAAGAAUCUAUUCAAUUACGCCCAGGCGAUGAUUAUUUGGACCUCAAAGGAGUCGAUAAAAAUAGCGUUUUGCAUGGUGGUACCAAAUGUUUGCAAGUUACCCCCCCAGAAAAAUGCCAUGUUGCUAAGCCUCCAGAUGGCGGGUGUUUGGCUGUUGUUACUAAAACCGGGUUUGAAACAUCACAAGGAUCCUUAGUUCGUGUCAUGUUGUUUUCUGCUGAAAGGGUUUCUGCGAAUAAUACCGAAGCUUUUAUGUUUAUUUUAUUUUUGUUGAAUUUUGCUAUUGCUGCUUCCUGGUAUGUUUGGGUAGAAGGUACUAAAAUGGGCAGAAUACAAUCCAAAUUGAUUUUAGAUUGUAUUUUAAUUGUGACCUCUGUUGUUCCACCGGAAUUACCAAUGGAAUUGACUAUGGCUGUUAACUCUUCGUUGGGCGCAUUGUCCAAAUUUUAUGUUUAUUGUACUGAACCUUUUAGAAUUCCAUUAGCUGGUAGAAUUGAUGUUUGUUGUUUUGAUAAGACUGGUACUUUAACUGGAGAGGAUUUGGUUUUUGAAGGUUUAGCUGGCUUGAAUAAAGAUGACGAUCGUCAUCUACAUCCGGCUGAAGAUGCUUCCUUGUCUACAGCUUUGACAAUUGGCUCUUGUCAUGCAUUAGUUAAAUUAGAAGACGGCGAAAUUGUUGGUGAUCCAAUGGAGAAGGCCACGUUGCAAGCCUGUGGCUGGAAAGUUGACAGCAAAAACUUUGUUUCGCACUCCAAACAUGGCAAAGUUGAGGUUUUACGCCGUUUCCAAUUUUCUUCGAGCUUGAAAAGAUCAUCAUCCAUUGCUGUGCAUAAGGGUAAGUUGUACGUUUCAGUAAAAGGUGCCCCGGAAACCAUUCGUUCCAGAUUAGUUGAGCUUCCAUCGAACUACGAUGCCGUUUACAAAUCCUUUACUCGUUCUGGUUCAAGAGUUUUGGCUUUGGCUUCGAAGGAAUUAUCGUACAAUUUAUUGAAAAAGGUUAAUGAUUUGAAACGUGAAGAUAUGGAAACAGGUUUAAAAUUUGAAGGGUUUUUGAUUUUCCAUUGUCCAUUAAAGGAUGAUGCUAUUGAAACUAUUAAAAUGUUGAAUGAAUCUUCGCAUCGUUGUAUUAUGAUUACCGGUGAUAAUCCCUUGACUGCAGUGCAUGUUGCAAACGAAGUUAAGAUUGUAGAGAGAGCUACUUUGAUUUUGGAUCAACCUGGCGAUGGAACUUUGCAUAAAUUGGUGUUUCGUAGCGUUGAUGAAAGUAUUGUCAAACCAUUUAAUCCAGAAGAAGAUGAUAUUGAUUCAACUGAAAUUUUUGGUAAAUAUGAUUUGGCAGUUACGGGCCAUGCGUUGAAAUUAAUGGAAACUCAUAAGCAAAUUAAGGAUUUGAUCAAGCAUACCUGGGUUUACGCACGUGUAUCGCCAUCUCAAAAGGAGUAUCUAUUGAACACAUACAAAGACAUGGGAUAUAAUACCUUGAUGUGUGGUGAUGGGACUAAUGAUGUUGGUGCUUUGAAACAGGCACACGUUGGUAUUGCAUUGUUGAACGGUACCGAGGAAGGAUUGAAGAAAUUACAAGAACAGCGCAAGAUUGAAAAAAUGCAAGAUGUGUAUGGGAAACAGUGCGAUUUGUUUACCAGAUGGGGCAAACCAGUUCCACCCGUUCCUCAACCAAUUGCUCAUUUGUAUCCACCAGGCCCAAAUAAUCCUAACUAUUUGAAAGCUUUAGAAAGUAGAGGCACGCCAAUAACGGAAGAGAUUAGACAGGCUGUGGCUAAAGCCAUGACCGAAAAGCCUCAAGCUAUAACUUCAGGGGCUGGUGCUAAAAAGAACGCUAGUGGAUCUGAGGUUGCUGACAUGUUAUUGGGGACUAUAAGCCAGGCUGGCGACGAUGAAGAUGCCCCAAGUUUGAAAUUAGGGGAUGCUUCUUGUGCUGCUCCGUUUACUUCCAAAUUAGCCAAUGUUUCUGCGGUUACCAAUGUUGUGAGACAAGGAAGAUGUGCAUUGAUCAACACUAUCCAGAUGUAUAAGAUUUUGGCAUUGAAUUGUUUGAUUAGUGCUUAUUCUUUGAGUGUGAUUUAUAUGUCUGGUGUUAAAUUUGGAGAUGGUCAAUCCACUGUCUCUGGGCUAUUAUUGAGUGUUUGUUUCCUAAGUAUCUCUAGGGGGAAGCCAAAUGAAAAGUUGUCUAAACAAAGACCACAAGCUGGUAUUUUUAAUGCUUAUAUCAUGGGAUCGAUUUUAUCACAAUUUGCUGUUCAUAUUUUUACAUUGAUUUAUCUAACUAAAGCAGUUUAUGUUUUGGAACCUAGGGAGCCACAAAUUGAUUUGGAAAAGAAAUUUGAACCAAGUUUAUUGAAUACUGCUAUUUUUUUGAUUCAAUUGGUUCAACAAGUUUCCACCUUUGCGGUUAAUUAUCAAGGUGAGCCAUUUAGAGAGAAUAUCAGAAACAAUAAGGGGAUGUACUAUGGGUUGAUUGGUGUCGCUGGUUUAGCCCUAGCUAGUGCUACUGAAUUUAUGCCUGAAUUGAAUGAAGCUAUGAAAUUUGUACCAAUGGACAGUGCGUUUAAAUUUAAGUUGACCUCAAUUUUAUUGAUAGAUUUCUUUGGUAGUUAUCUAAGUGAAUUAUUUUUCAAAUAUUUAUUUAUGGAUGAUAAACCUGCGGAUAUUGCACAUCAAUGA